AUGAAGGGUGCGACCAGUGACGACGUGUCAGAUUGGAUAGCAGGCCAUGUGGAGGACCAGCUAGACUAUGCCUGGCACUUCCUCGUCGACCGGCUCAACUCAACGAGCCAAGGUCAGCUUUCCUUCGCUUGUGCUAUUAUCGGCAGCUUCCUUGUCCUCUGCGGUUCCACGUUGGUAAAGCCUGUCUUCGUUACGUCGCUUUCUGUGGCCUUGGCAGUGCGCAUUGAAGAGGUGGCUGCUUCACAGCAGAGCAGCACGGCUGGAGGCAUCUGUGCGGUGCUGGUUGCGGCAUGCUCCUGUGUACUGGCACAUCGCCUCUAUCCAGUGGUCCUCUUCCUUGCAGGGGGCUUUGCUGCAGGACUGGGCACCAUUUUCCUGCGUGAAGAGUUGAACCUCGAGCAUGCCCACAAAGAGCUGCUGGCACUGAGCGUUCUGGUCGCAGUUGCUGGUGGCUUGCUGUUGAAGGAGUUUCGCUUGGCAGGAUGGGGCUUGCUGACUCCCGUGGGCGGUGCCUACCUGCUCGCGACUAGCUGCCAGUUCUGGGAAGAGGAUCGUGCAGGUCGUCAUGUGAUGUGGAGUUCAGUUGCAGCGGGGAACUCUCUGCUUUUCGCCACAAUCUGGAGCCUGGGGACUUUGCUUGGCUGGUACUGCCAGCUCAUUGGCCCUGCUUUUGGCGAAGAUCCUUUGAGGCUUCCUGCCGCUCUAGAGCGCAAGCUGCAGUCUUUUCACGUCCAGUUUCCGUUCCUCCUGGAUGGUGGAGGCCCGUGUCCGGCACGGCCGAGAAUAACUUUGCAGGAUACUUCGACCGCCUGCCUGUCAGAACCUUUCCUCAAAGGUGCUGUACAAUUGGAGGCCAAAGCACGACCUGGAAAAGGCUGGUCUGGUAUGCCAAAGCUUCUGAUCAGCUUCGGUGCGGUGAUCGUGCUGCUGCUGAACGCUGCCUUGAUCAGUCAGCCGGUUCUCGUCCUGGGCCACGCUGUUCUGAUGUCUUUGGCUUUCCUCCCACUGACUACGGCAGGUCUCCUGAGCUAUGCCAGAGAUCGGACCGGUGGCCUCGUCAUGGAGCCCCUUCUUCGGCACGCUGCGCAUGCAUCCUUGGGCGUGCUGGUGCUGCUUUGUGCCAUUCUGGGGUGCCUGUCCAUGUACUGGAGGAGGCUCUGUGCAGCAGAGCCGCGACUGCCGCCAACAUGGAGCAGCAGAGUCCACGUCUUCGUGGGCUACGCAGUGCUCAUGCUGCUUUUUGCAUGCAGCUGCUCUGGUGCCGCCAAGCUGGUCGCUCUUCAAAGAGGAGACGAGCGGCAAGAUGUCGGGACUUACCACUCUGUGUUGGGAAAGCUCAUUUACAUCCUGGCUGCUUUCAACCAGGUGCAAGGCUUCUUCCUGCCAGACCUGCUGCCGGUCUGGCUGGCGUUGCUUCUCACUGUAUUGCUGGUGAUUUCUGUGACCACUGUGCUGGCUUUCCUGUGCAGUCUGCCGCCGACAUCCCCACCGAGAGCUGCAGCCCCUGUCAAGGAGGAGGUUCGGCGAGCACAGCUGCUGGGUCGGCUGAUCCGUGGCCAGGCUCCACGUAAACUUCAUCAUGGUGCACAGCGUAAGCUGGCACGGCGGGAUUGGGAUGCUGUCGUCGCGGCCUUCGAGGUGCAGGACAGCGCCAACAUGGUGUCGCUGUGCUUCCUUCGCUGGCAUCGCUUCGCACAGUCAGCACACAUAACGAAAGCCCAUGCUGAGCUGCGAAGCAGCGACAAUAUCGUGAAUUUCUUGUCCUCGACCUUGCUGGGCGAGAUGAGCCUUCUGACAUGGUGCCUUGUGAUACCCUGGGUCAUGCCGCCCGGCAAGUCCUCGGUGCGCGAUUGCGAUGAGAAGGAGCUGGUCGUAGAGGAAUCCGUGGACAGCCUGGGCUUCGGCUUCGUCGAUUUGCCGCCGACGAAGUAUGCCCCGCUGGUCAUCAAGAACGUGAAGAAGGACUCCUGGGCUGCGGAUGCUGGCAUCAUGGUCGGAAGCGAGCUUCUUGAGUUGAACGGCCAGGAAGCGGGCCAGAUGUCUGCAGAAGACUUCCGAGCAGCGUUGAAGCAACGGCCACUCCGAGUGAAAUUGGCACCGCCGAUGGCCGAAGCCUGGAAACAAGUGGCAAACUUCCAGCAGCAGGUGGUAACUCUGAGCCUACAAAAGGUCCACCUCCAGCAAGCCCUGAAGGACGAGGGCGAGCGAGUGAAGAAGGAGCUCGGCAUUUGCACGGCCAUUGAGAAGUCCAACAGCCUCCAGCACAAGGCGCAGCGGGUCAAGGACCUGGCCGAACGAGACCUUGAGAAACGAGCGCUGGAGGAACGCCUGUUGGCCGUACAGGCCGAGCUCGAGGCCAAAAAGGCGGAGGUCGAGGCGCUCGAGGCACGGAGCCACGCAGCCGCAGGGCUGCGGGCGGAGUCAGGGCAGAACGGCUCCGCUUUGCACGACGAGGCAGAGUCCAGGCGCCGAGCUGACCGAGCUGACCUCGAGCGCGAGACGGCGGAGCUGCAAGAGGCGAAGGCUGCUUUGGAUGCGGAGCGCGUGGCCGUGCAGCAGGAAAGAGCGCAAGUGGCGAAGCAGAGCUCCGAGCUCGAGGCCCUUCGGAUCCAGCUUGAAGCAAGAGCCAGCGCUCAAGCCCAGCGCGAGGCCGAGCUCGAAACGAAAGAGGCAUCCGUGCGUGAGGAGCUGGAACGCCUGGAAUCCCUAGCUGCUCUUGAGGUUGUCGAGGAGGAGCUCUCCAAAGGGCGCGCAUCGCUGUUGGCUGCACAGCCUUUGCUACAGCUCCUGGAAGCAGAGGUGGAAAGUGACGCGGGAUCUGCAAGCCCUGGCAGCCCGCCACGACCUGCCAGCCGGAGCCCCUCGAGAUCGCAAAGACCCUCGCAGACGUCCACCAGGAUGUCAAUUGCGAGGCAGUCGCUCACUGCAGCCAGAAUGACGCAGCUCAAGGCAGCGGCGGCGCCUGUGCAGGAAGCAGAUGAUGAUUCCGAAGAGAUGUUCUGA